AUGCCGGUGAACAUUCCUGGUAUACUGGUCCCAUUCCACCUGCUUUUCAAUCCUCGCCUCGUCAUCCCCCACGUCGUCAAAGAUAUCCGCCAAAUUGAUUUUAUAGCCCUUCGCAAGGCUGGGUACAGAGGGGCUGUCUUUGACAAGGAUAACUGUUUGACUGUGCCGUACCAAGAUGAGCUGGUGCCCGAGUUACAGGAAGGAAUGCAGGUCUGUGUUUGGACAGGGCAACGUGCUCAUACUAAGCAACUCUGCAAGAACCAAGCACGACGCCGGCAACGUCCAGGCCGAAUCAGUAUCGCAUCACCUGUCAGUCCCCGUCCUGCGACACGCCACGGUCUUUCCGUCCUACGCGUGCAUAAGAAGAGUGCGGGGGUACUUCUCUUCGAUGCACGUGCCUGGUAG